UGAUAACCACAACCAUACAAACAAAUAAGAAAGCUAUCCGGAAUCUAAUCUUCUUUGCCUCCAACUCAUCAUUUCCUUUUCCUAUAUUACCACCUCUCUGCUUCACAACCUUUUCUGCCCUCUGCUGCUGAAACCUUAACUUUUGGAUCGUUUCUGGUUACCAUGGCUUCGGCUACUUUCUCUGUCCCCAAACCAUCUCUUCAGGGUUUCACUGAAUUCUCAGGAUUGCGAAGCUCAUCUGCUUCUCUUCCCUUUGGCAAGAAACUUUCUUCCGAUGAGUUUGUUUCCGUCGUCACUUUCCAAACUUCUGCAAUGGGAAGCAGUGGUGGAUACAGGAAAGGUGUGACUGAGGCUAAGCUUAAGGUGGCCAUUAACGGGUUUGGUCGGAUCGGGAGAAACUUCUUGAGAUGCUGGCAUGGCCGCAAGGACUCUCCUCUUGACGUCAUUGCCAUAAACGACACCGGAGGCGUCAAGCAGGCUUCGCAUCUCCUUAAAUACGACUCUACUCUUGGAAUCUUUGACGCCGAUGUGAAACCUUCUGGAGACGCUGCUCUCUCUGUUGAUGGAAAGAUUAUCCAGGUUGUGUCUAACCGCAACCCGUCUAAUCUCCCCUGGAAGGAGUUAGGCAUCGACAUUGUCAUCGAAGGAACCGGAGUGUUUGUGGAUAGAGAAGGUGCAGGGAAACACAUUGAAGCUGGAGCCAAGAAAGUUAUCAUUACCGCUCCAGGCAAAGGAGACAUUCCAACUUACGUUGUUGGUGUCAAUGCCGAUGCUUACAAUCCCGAUGAACCGAUCAUCAGCAAUGCAUCUUGCACUACUAACUGUCUUGCUCCCUUUGUCAAAGUUCUUGACCAGAAAUUCGGUAUCAUAAAGGGUACAAUGACAACUACUCACUCUUACACUGGUGACCAGAGGUUGCUAGACGCGAGCCACCGUGAUCUAAGGAGAGCAAGAGCAGCUGCGUUGAACAUUGUUCCCACAUCUACAGGAGCGGCUAAAGCUGUGGCUCUUGUGCUUCCUAACCUCAAGGGAAAACUCAAUGGAAUCGCUCUCCGUGUACCAACACCAAACGUAUCAGUGGUUGAUCUCGUUGUGCAGGUCUCAAAGAAGACUUUCGCAGAGGAAGUUAACGCUGCUUUCAGAGAUGCUGCAGAGAAAGAGCUUAAAGGUAUACUCGAAGUCUGCGAUGAGCCGCUAGUUUCCGUUGAUUUCAGAUGCUCAGAUGUGUCCUCGACCAUUGAUUCUUCACUCACUAUGGUUAUGGGAGACGAUAUGGUUAAGGUGAUUGCUUGGUAUGAUAAUGAAUGGGGUUACUCACAGAGAGUUGUUGAUUUGGCUGACAUUGUUGCCAACAACUGGAAGUGAUUUGUAACUUUUGGAAUCAACUUGUUUCAUUUUUUGCUCUCUUUUUUUACAUUGUGAUUCUCAAAAUAUCGGUCAAGACUGUAUAAUUGUAGCCUGAGUUGUGGAUUUGUAAUAAUGAUAAACUCGAUCCAGACUUGUCUACAUAUGAAACUCUUUUUAACAGGUCUCAAACAAAA